AUGCUCUCCCUCCCGUUGAUUCCGCCCCAGGGCGAUAAUUCGACAUGGCUGCGUACUACGUUCCGCCCACGCUCCGACUCUCCGCCUCCCGUCAAUGGCCAUAACGCACACCAGGCGCAUCGUCUUCGCCAGCAGCGGGAGGAAGAAAAGAAGGCCUACAACGCGCGCAGCCCUCUCAGUCUGCUCGAGCAAGACGAGGCGAGCAUCAUGAGGCGCAGGGGCAAUAUUGCCGACUUUGGCGCGACUUGGAUCCGGCCGCCUGGUGUGCCCAAGACUCUGCAAGCUAUGCAUGAGGAAGAGAUUGAGCGUCAAGAGCAACUUGAGAUAGAGCGUCAGGAGGCGGGGAUGCGCGAUCUGCAGGCACAGCAGCAAUUGGCGGAGGCCCAGGCCCAGGCAGAAGCGCAAGAAGCGACCGCUGCUGAGGAGGAAGAAGCUGGGGAAGCAGUGGAGGUAGAUUUGGACGCUGAGAUACCUGAAGCCGACAUGACUGGUGCGGAAGUCACAUUCAACGAGGACAGCAUGAUGGAGGGCAGUCAAGUGGAGACCACGGAGCAGGAUACAGCAGAGCAGGGAGUCGAAUAUGCGGAGAUGGAAGAGGCAGAGCUCACUGGUGCUGCAAGAGAUGAGGAAGACCUUGGACUUGAGCGAGACCUGGAUGAUUCAGUACCAGAGGCUGGCAGCUAUCAGCAUACCGACACCGAGGUGGAGGAUACCGACUCCGAGUCCGAGCUGCAGAAUUCAUUCGUCGGCCGUACUGCGCCUCGAGCGGCGAGAACUCCACUGCAGAGAGGUCAAAUGGGCCCACCACCAAUCGCUACGGGCCUGCAAGAGAGAAUGCGCCAACAAGUCAGCGCUGCAGAUGCCCUUCCUCGGAGUCCAGGCAGUCUGAAUCUUUCAAGUUCUACCCUCGACAGCUCUCUCGUUGGGAGCAGCCCUGUGAUGCAGCGUGGAAAUGUGGGAGCGAGAGGUAGAGGUGGGCGAUCUCGACGGGGACGUCAGAGCUGA